UCUAAGUGGCCGUUGCCGGAUUUACCUUAUCAGGAGGAAGCGAAGGCCGCGGACGAAUUUCAAAAUCACUUGGUUGAAUAACCGACGCGACAGCGGGAUAAGUUUACCUGGAAGAGAACUACUGGAGCGUGAUAGUCGAAAGGUGCGAAUGUUUCUCCUUCGUUGUAUAUCUUCUGGGUGGAACAUUAAUGGAGGAAGAGCCGCGGAAUCGAUAUACCUAUUUAUUUCCUUCGAGACACUCAUGAACUAUCCGUGCCCAACAUAUUCCGGGACAUCUUUGGGCCACCAUUGAUGUUCACGUAUGCAAUAUUCGUGAUUUCAGGCCGCUUAUGUCGUACUGUCGGACCCUCCGUGGGGGUUAUAUAAAUGCCAGGAAUUUUUUUCAUGGACCUUGCUUUCCUCCUCGCCUGCAAUGCCCUCUGAACCGCUGGAGGCUGAAUUUAUUUACCCCCCCGCGCUCACCCAAGCUCAGGAGGAUGAGUAUCGUCAACUGGACCUAGAGGGCCCCAUCCCUCUGACCAGGACAGCGACAGCUGUUAGCGGGCCCGCCCCAGAUCUAGCCGAGUUGGAAAGAGGAUUCACUCGCGAUGGUAUCCACGUUGUGGGAUUCGAGAAAGGAAAGGGUGAAGAUCCACGGGAGUUUGGACGAGCGAUGAAAUGGUACAUAACUCUUGCAGUGUCAUUUCUUUGCUUGUCGGUUGCCAUCGGUAGCUCCAUCAUUACUGGAGAUAUGAGCGGCCCUGUAAAGGAGUUCGGCACAACACAAGAGAUUGUCAACCUCACAGUAACAUGUUUCGUUAUUGGAUUUGGUAUUGGACCACUAUUCUUUGCCCCGUUAUCAGAAGUAGUGGGCAGAACACUGAUGUACCAAGUCAGCAUGCUUUUCUUCUUCAUUUUCACGCUGCCUAGUGCUCUGUCAAAAAACGUGGCCACAUUGGUUGUUGCCCGUCAGAUUGCGGGAUUGGCGGCCUCUGCGCCGAUAUGUAAUGUGGGCGGAACUGUGGCCGAUAUUUGGGCCGUCGAGGAGCGAGGAGUCCCUAUGGCGGUGUUCUCGUUUACUUUAUUUAUGGGCCCUUGCCUUGGACCGCUCUUUGGAGGGUGGAUUGCCGAGAAAGCUGGCUGGAGAUGGAUUUACUGGGUCCUUUUCAUCUUCACUGGUGUAUGCUUUGCCUUCACGUUGUUCAUUCCUGAAACAUUGGCACCUCUCCUUCUCCGUCGUAAAGCUGAGAAGUUACGGAAGUCUACGGGAGACGAGAGCUACCGUACACUCGAGGAGCUCGAACGUGUCCCGUUCUUCGAGACCUUGAAGAUCUCCUUGCUUAGGCCGAUUGUGAUGCUGGUAGCCGAACCUAUCGUGGCCCUGUUUUCUUUCUACCUUUCGUUUAUUUACAGUCUACUGUACCUAUUUUUCUUCACUUUCCCCAUCGCCUUUGAGGAGGUGCGUGGUUUCGGUUUGGGGAUGACGGGAGUUACAUUUGUUAGCAUCAUGAUUGGUAUUGGAAUCGCGAUGAUGCUAGUACCAUACCAAGAGAAGAUCUAUCGAAAGGCUACGGUCUACGGUACAUAUCCUGAAGCCCGGCUUUUCCCUAUGAUGGCGGGAGCACUCAUAUUACCUGUCGGUCUCUUCAUCUUCGCCUUCACUGGCGGUUACUCUUGGGUACACUGGAUAGCCCCUUGCAUAUCAGGAGGCGUUUUCGGAUUCGCACUGAUCAUCAUCUACAUCUCUGCCAAUUCCUACAUUGUAGACAGCUACAGUUCGUUCGCGGCCUCGGCUAUAGCUGCGAAAACGUUCUUGCGUUCGGAGAUUGGUGCAGUGGUACCAUUGUAUUCGACGCAGAUGUUCCAUAAUAUGGGUUUCCAGUAUGCAGGGCUGUUGCUGGCCCUGGUGUCGGUUGCGAUAGCGCCGAUUCCUUUCGUGUUUUAUAUGUAUGGUGAGAAGAUCCGGCAGAGGUCGAAGAAGGCUACACAGUCUGUGAGGAUGUCCGGUCCUCCCGCAAAGAAUUUAGACGACGAUUUAGAGAAGCCUGCACCAGAUGGGAAGGCUGCAUAGCACAAAUAGUGUGCGCACAAUAGAAUAGAUAAUAUUUGUAUGGCUGUAUAAUGAAAUAAUUGAUGACCGACCG